AUGUUUGAUCUGGAAGAUGACGCGUCUAGACGCGAGAAGUGCUACACGGCAGUGGCUCAACUGCCUUCCUUCAUCGAUCCCAAACAGCCGCCUUUGAAAAAACCGCCCUUCUCGGCUAUUUGGGGGCAUCCGUUUGUGCACACGGUGGAGGUUAUAUUACCUGAAGCAACAUACAAAACCAUUGAGAGCUCAUUCAACGCUAAGCUUCCCAAGCUGCGAUAUGCUAGAGUAUUUAUGUCACUGUCGUCUCUGCUCGAGGGGGACUUCUUCAAUACUUAUAUAAAAUCAGGAAAUGUUCUCAUGAUAUCAGAGGGACGCUCCGGCUCAGAUAAUGUGUUUACUCUGAGAGAUGGAGUCCUGAAAUUAGAGCUUGGAAAGGAGGUAUUUGAACGGACAGGUCUAACAGGGAAGCCCAUCCGCAGUGGGGGCAGAAAACAUGCAAAAGAAAGAUAUCUCGUGGAGAUCAACCUGCGGCUGCCGUCAAUGCUUCACGGCAAGAAAUGUUUUGAGAGAAUAGUAUGGGCCUUCAAGAAUGUCCUCAAUCACACCGUGGCCUGGCUCUUCUAUGACCUGGCAUCGGAGUCGAGUGGUGUUUCCUCCGACGAUCCUUCUCUGAAAGGAAACCACCCUCACAUUAUAGACUGCGAACCAGUGCGCGCCGAUUACUGUGAUGUCCUCGUCCCACCCUUCAAGGGAAUUGAAGUCACAGAAAUGGCGCCAGAGCAGGAAUUAAAGGAUAAUUGCGACGAAAUUUCCGAAUGGCUUGGGAUGGUGACCCUCGGGUCUCCUCGAGUAUUAGCGAGCGAUGAUGUAGACCCGUACCUUUGUCGCUAUAACGUACCAGAUGCGGACGAAGCAAAGCCGUCAGAUAUAGUCAGUUUAAAAUGGCAUGGUCUCCUCCCUCCCAAAUGGAUCAUGGGGCUAUUCCUUAAUCUACUGCGAGAGACUGUCCCAAAAGAUGCAGAAGCUCCGGCCUGGUUUGCUUUCUCCGCGAGUGCCCUGGGGAGGGAAGCUGUGGAAGGAAAAGACGGUUAUACAGUUCUGACAUUGCCUUCUGUAGGCGGAACUGGCGAUAAUGUGCAAAAGAGCCCUGAUACUAGAUCUACCAUCGGUCGCUCGUGUGUUUGCUGGGAGUAUGUUGGCGUCUCAAUUGUUUAG